AUGACAGUUAUUCACAAAGUUGUUGAAUAUAAAACCAACGAUAGCGCGAUUUUUGAGGGUGAUCUCUAUAUUCCAAGUGGUGCUCGCAAAUUGGGUGCUGUUCUGGUCUUCCCUGCGUUCCGUGGAAUCACCCAUUUCGAAAAAGAACAAGCAGAGAAGCUCGCAAAUCUUGGAUAUAUUGCGUUUUGUGCAGAUGUCUAUGGAAAAAACAUUCGUCCGCAAACAGUUGAGGAGGCGUUCGCUACGAUGAACGCAAUCAAGAAUGACCGUCAAGGAGUGUUGAAGUCUCGCAUGAUGGCUGCCCUCGAAACUCUGAAGCGCGUUAAGGCGGUCGAUCCGAAUCGGAUCGCCGCCAUCGGCUAUUGCUUCGGAGGGCUUUGCGCAUUGGACAUGGCUCGCUACAACGUCGGAUUGAAAGCGGCCGUGUCCUAUCACGGCACACUUCUUCCAAUCGAUGGACUUCCAUUGGAUCCGAUCGCGACAGCCGUUCAAAUUCAUCACGGCGAUGCCGAUCCGCACGUUGGACAGGAGCAAGUCGUCGGAAUCCACGAGGAAAUGCGCAAGAGGAACGCCGAUUUCGUGUUCGUCUCGCACGGAAACGCAAUGCAUGCCUUCACCGAGCCAGAGGCUGAUUUGCUCCAAAGAGCAGGGGUCGGAUACAACGCAAAAGCUGCGAAAAGAAGCUGGGAAAUGACAUUGAAUUUGCUUGAUGAAGUUUUUGUUUGA